UCGAAAUUUUCGGAUUGAAUUUAUGUGACAUCUAUAUUAUUAUUAUUUUGCGCUUGCCGAUAAUUUGAAUCGUUGUUGUUUGUAGUGUUGUGCUGAUAUAAUUGCAAGUGCCAAGUUGUAUGUAUUCGGUCAGUGAUUUGUUUUUUUCUUAAUUGCAAAGUAAAAAAAAAUUUGUACUUAAAAUGUCGUCGUCGGUAGAAGCGACAAACGGUCAAGUGCCGACCACACCGCCGCUGGUACAUCCGUCGGAUGUGUCAUCCGAAUCCAGCCUCAUGGAAUCUCAAAAAGACGUCAACGCUAAAAAAACCAAAAAAGAUUCAAAGCACGUAGCACCAAUGCGCCAGUAUUUGGAUCAAACUGUUGUACCGGCUUUGUUGGUCGGAAUGAAAGAGUUGGUCAAGGAAAGACCUCCGGAUCCUCUAGGUUAUUUGGCCGCAUUCUUGUUGAAAUACAAGAAGGAACACGUUGACAAAGACUCAAAUUCAGAAACCCAAUAAUUGUAUUCAUAUAAUAAUGAUUAUUUAAAAAUAAAAAACAUCUACACUGUAAACUGUAAUCACGUCUGCUUUAUCCUAAUGGAUAUCUUUAUGUAUUUUUUUGCACUUUUGUUUUGAGUAUUCAUUUUUGUAUAUGUAUAUAACGAGUACAUGUAUCUCUCUCACUCUCUUUUUUAAUUUUAAAUGUUGUAGAUGUGUGAUAUAAUUAAAUAAGUUGUCUAAAAUAUUAGAGAUUUUUUUUUUUUGUUAUCAGUAAAAAUGAUUUCAAAUUUCAAUGUUAUUGUUUGUGUUAUGUUGUCACGGCAACAGAAUCACAACAAAACCGCUUGACCAUUAUAAGUAACUAAAAAUGAUUUUUUUUCUCAUUGUAAUUAAACGAUGUUCCAUUAAUUUAUUUGUAGAUUAUUAAUAAACCACCUAUAAUAUAUUCAAAA